UAUCAGGACCUAUAGACACCUGGACCAACCUGGAGAGAACACAGCAUUAUAUCAGGACCUAUAGACACCUGAACCAACCUGGAGAGAACACAGCAUUAUAUCAGGACCUAUAGACACCUGGACCAACCUGGAGAGAACACAGCAUUAUAUCAGGACCUAUAGACACCUGGACCAACCUGGAGAGAACACAGCAUUAUAUCAGGACCUAUAGACACCUGUACCAACCUGGAGAGAACACAACAAGAUGAGGAUCCUGCUGAUAGUCAUCCUCCUCUCCUUCAUGACAGGUUGUUUGAGCUCCUUCAAAGUGACAGGAUACUCUGGAGGAACUGUCAUCAUCUACUGUCAUUAUUACACAGAAGAAAGAAGUCAUGAGAAAUAUUUCUGUAAGGGGCACAACAGUUGGAGUUUGAGUUGUAAGGAUAUAAUCAGAACUGGAUUGAAGAACACCUGGGUACACAGAAGUAGAUUCUCUCUGUAUGACAACACUGGAGGAAACUACUUCAAGGUGAUCAUCAGACAACUGACCAGACAAGAUGAAGGGACCUACUGGUGUGGAGUGGACAAACCUAAUAUACUUGACAGUUAUACCAAGGUAGAGCUGGAUGUGAAGAAGGAUGACUGCUGUGAGAAGUCACUCACAGAGACGGCCUUUCUGGGAGGAGAAGCUACCAUCAGAUGUAACUAUCCAGAGGACCAUGAGGACAGCAUUAAGUAUUUCUGCAAGGAAAGCAAUGGCUUCAAGACUUGUGUUAAUAUGAUCUCUGCUAACCAGACAACUACAAAAGCUGGUCGUUUCUCUGUGUCUGACAACAGAAGAGAGAGAUUCUCCACAGUGACCAUCAGUAACCUGACUGAAGAUGAUACUGGGACCUACUGGUGUGGAGUAGAAACCAGCAGGACAGAACAACGUUACAUUACACUGAUCACACAGGUGAAGCUGGAUGUUAUAGUGAAAUCAACCAACACCACCACAACAGCAACAUCAGACCCACCCAGAGCCACCUUCAUCUCUCUAUCAUCAUCAUCCUCAUCAUCCCUCAAUGGAUCUGUGAAAUCAACCAACACCACCACAACAACAACAGCAACAUCAGACCCACCCAGAGCCACCUUCAUCUCUCUAUCAUCAUCAUCCUCAUCAUCCCUCAAUGGAUCUGUGAAAUCAACCAACACCACCACAACAACAACAGCAACAUCAGACCCACCCAGAGCCACCUUCAUCUCUCUAUCAUCAUCAUCCUCAUCAUCCCUCAAUGGAUCUGUGAAAUCAACCAACACCACCACAACAACAACAGCAACAUCAGACCCACCCAGAGCCACCUUCAUCUCUCUAUCAUCAUCAUCCUCAUCAUCCCUCAAUGGAUCUGGUACCUCAGUGGUCAUCAUGGUGUCUGUUAGUCUGGUAGUGUUACUGCUGGUGAUCAGCCUGAUCAUAGUCUGCAGAUGGAAAUACAAAAAGGCCACAGGAUCGGUCUCUUCAACACACAGAGUGAGUCCAGACACAGGAAACAAUGAAGGGGGUUGUCAUGGUGAUGGUGACUAUGAGGAAAUAAUGGAGCGCCCCCUACAGUCAGACUCAGAUGCUGCGACCUUCACCAUCUAUGCCACCGCCAACUUACCCACAAGCCACUCUGACUCUCUCCACCACGACAGCGUCAACUUCCACAAGAACCCCAGUAGCCCCAACGAAGCCAGAGUCACCAUUACUAAAGAGGGCAGCUGCUCCAAUGAGGCCACCGCUGCCAUUGCUAAAGAGGACACUUCAUCAUGUGACUAUGCUACUGUGAAUUAUGGUCAAAGCCCCACCUACUCUACUGUCAAUCAUCCACACAGCUCCUCUGAGGCUCCUCCCAUCUACUCCACAGGCAGCAUACCCAUAGACACUUGAGUCACUGGCAACCAAUCACAAGAUACACACACUCGCAGUCACUUAGCUACUUCCUGUUCUCUCAGUGACAGUGAGUUUGCAUGUCUUGCCCAAUUGAGAGGAGGUGUCACUUUAUGGGCAAUUUAGGAGCCCGGAUGCAAACGCCAAAUGCCCUGGUGAAAACUGACAGUGAUAUAGGGGUGGAGUCAUCAAACUCCGCCUUCGCAGUUUAAAUUGUUCUAUAUGAGCUCAGCCACCCAGUAGAUUAUGAUGAUGAUGAUGAUGAUGAUGAGCAUUAUAAUAAUUAUAAUUAUAAUUUUAUUGUGAGGCUAUUUUGUCUUAAUUGUAUUUAUGAUUGUACAUUCUUAACCUCCCUGGGCAAGCGUCCCACCUAGUCAACAGCCAGUGGAAUAGCGUGGCGCGAAAUACAAACACCUCAUAAAUGCUAUUACAACGAAAGCAAAACAUUCGAUUAUGUCAGCAGAAUACCCAGCCAGAAAUAAUCAGACACCCAUUUUUCAAGCUAGCAUAUAAUGUCACAUAAACCCAAACCACAGCUAAAUGCAGCAC